CGCAUAUCACAUGCUUGACGCAGUUGGUUUUGUCAAGACAAGAGCUGCUGAUCCUAGGCUUGAUCUGCCCGACAUUGAGAUACAGUUCCUACCUUUUGGAAUUGGCUUUGUAACUGAUGAAACUGUUUACAAUCUAGUUGGCUUCACGAGAAACUUUAUAAAAGCCUACAAUUUUUCCGAGCACAAGUCUCGUCCAGUCAUCUCGUGGAUGGCAUGUCUUCUUCAUCCAAAGAGUGUCGGUCAGUUACGUCUGCAAUCCCCGGACGCAUUCGAUCCACUUGAAAUUGAUCCCAACUACUUUGAAGACGAUACCGAUGUUAAAUCGCUAGUAGAGGGCAUAAAGAUCACCGUCAAGUUUGCCGAAACCAAGGCGUUCCAAGCUAUCGGCGCCAAGCUACGAGAUCAGAUCGUACCGGGAUGCGAGAAGCAUGCAUACAAAUCUGACAGCUACUGGGACUGCACGGUGAGAACAGUAACAGCGACCAUAUACCACCCGACAGGAACGUGUAAGAUGGGAGCAGCCAAUGACCAAACCGCAGUUGUUGACCCACAACUCCGGGUUCGUGGACUCCGUGGUCUGAGAGUGGUCGAUGCUUCUAUAAUGCCUGAGAUAGUGUCCGGAAAUACUCAGGCAGCUACGGUGAUGGUGGCAGAGAAGGCAGCGGACAUGAUUCUAUUGGGAGCAUGAUUAACUACAUAACAUAAUACCAUUAAUAUUAUGUAAACUGUUAAAAUAUACUAAUACAUUCUUUCAUGAUAUCAUUAUCAUA